AUGCUUCCGGAUACGACUAACUCGUCCUCUGGAACAUUAGCCGCAUUUGAGACGCCGCCGACCACACCAAAACCAUCACAGUCACCCACAACCGACUUUGAUAUUGUCGCCUAUUACAACGAUCUCGUUCAGAAUGACCCAACCAUCACACCGCCUAUAGCAGCCAUCCAAGCGCUUAUAUCAUUACUUGCUAAGACGCAGUUAACGACGAUUUCCGAAACACUCAGCCUCCUUGAGACACAUUCACAGAAGCUCCUAGCCUCUCAACGAAAUCCCAUACCACUCUCUGCCGGCACUGAACUCUUCCAACGCUAUUUGGUUAGCUCUUUCCAACAGAGACCUUCAUCGCUUGCGGACUCCGACUUUUCAACUUUACGCCAUCACAUUCUCACAAACUCUUCCCUCUUUGUGAAGCGAGCAAAUGAAGCUCGUUUGAAAAUUGCCCACUACGCCCUUCCUUUGAUCAAAGAAGAAUCAACUAUCAUCACCUAUGGCUACAGUCGAGUCGUCCAAACACUCCUCACGCAUGCCGCUGAAGCUGGGCGCUACUUCAACGUCGUAUAUAUCCUUCCUUCGGCUGGGCUCACCGACAGUAUUUCUCAAUGCAUUUCCCAGUUAAAGGGAUUGUCUAUACCGACCACUACGAUUCCUCUAUCAGCUCUGACCUAUGCGCUGGCGUCGCUACCCACGGCAUCUUCAGCGCCUCAGUUGAUUCUUGGCGCUAGCGCGGUGCUGGAGAACGGCUCGGUUGUCACUGAGCUUGGAACUCACCAAAUCGGACUUAUCUCCAAGGCUGUGUCAGUACCAUUACACAUUGCAGUCGAGUCGUACAAGUUUGUGCGCAAUUUCCCGUUGGGUUUCGGACCACUCGACCUGGCACGGAUGGGUGUGAAGCAGGAUGUUCUACGUUUCAGUACCACCACGGACUCACAAGCUGAUGGACAGAGCGCAUCCGAGAAUCAGGUCGUCGAUGUACACGAAAUGGUGGAGAUAACUCCUCCAGAAUUGAUUGAUGCAUUGAUCACCGAGAAUGGGAUUCUGACGCCGAAAGCCGUGAGUGAGGAACUCAUCAAACUCUGGUUCUGA